ACAAAGUUCAAUGUUCACUUAUUACAUCCAAAGAAUGGUACUGUUCAUGAAACAAUGUUCAAUGAUGAUAAUUUAGACAAUAGUGAUGAAGAGGAUACAGAAGAGAAUUGUGAAGAUGAAAUGGAAGAAGACAAUGGAAAGAUUCACAGUAAUGAAGGAUUAUAA